AUGGCUUUUCACAUUGAUUCCUUAAUUGGCGAUCAGUUAUCCACCUCGUCAUCAUCUUCAUCAUCAUCGUCAACAGCAUCUGAUUCUGCCAGCUCUUCAUCACCGCCAAUGACUGCAGCUGGCGCUACGACAUCCAGUCCAAUCUCAAGUGCUCAAAGUGUGAAGGACGACGAAUCAUCGUAUGCAAAUGAUCGUCUGUCAUCUAUCCCCAGACAUCAUCCUUAUAUGGGAUCAGGAGAUCCUCGUGAUGAUAGCCAAAUACGUCGUUAUCGAACAGCAUUCUCUCGUGAACAAAUUAAUCGGCUGGAAAGAGAAUUUUCAAAGGAGAAUUACGUUUCACGUAAAACAAGAGGAGAACUUGCUGCUGAAUUGAAUUUGCCUGAAGGGACUAUCAAGGUAUGGUUCCAAAACCGUCGAAUGAAAGACAAACGUCAGAAGGUGCCAACUCUUCCAUGGCCAGGUCUCUUCCAUCCACAAUUGGCAGCCUAUGCCAUGCUUGGUGCCGGAUCUCCAUUUGCCUGUGAUAUGUGGGCAAAGACAGCAGCAGCUUUCAACUAUCCAGCCAGUCCUUUCCUGGCAUCCCGACUACCAGCUGGUUUGAGCUUAAACGAUGCAUUGAAGGCGCAAGAUGAAGAUAAAGCAGUGAAUUUUGCAAAUAUGGUCGAUUUAACCACUAAUUCUCAGUCACCUUAA